AUGCUUCGGAAAGUAUGGUCUUCGUUGAAUCAAUCAUCCGUCAACCAACAGUACUCAUCCUAUGAGAUUCCCGCCUGCGCAGAGCAUCUUAUCCUCGCGGGCGAUAUCGGACGCUUAACGGACUAUGAAGAUUACCGCAACUUCCUACAGAAAUUCACUGAUCGAUUCAAAUUGGUGUUUCUUGUACUUGGGAAUCAUGAGUUCUAUAUUGAGACAUUUGAAACGAGCAUAGAAAGAGCAAAACGACUUGAGCAGGAUCCUGCACUUAGUGGACGGCUGAUCGUCCUCCAUCAGAAACGAUACGAUGUCCCAGGUUCUAACGUUAUACCCCAAGAAUUGGCCGAUAUUGUUCAGUCAAAAGUCAAAGAUUUCCAAAGGAUUGCAGACUGGUCGGUUGAUGACCAUAAUGCACGCCAUGAUUCUGAUUAUUCCUGUAGGCAACGGUCUAUCCUUGUUGUGACGCACCAUGCACCUUCACUUCAGGGGACCUCUAGUCCUAGACAUGCUCAGAGUCCUUGGAGUGUUGCCUUUGGAACUGAUAUCCUAUCAGGAAUUCCUGAUGGAGUGAAAGUCUGGGUGUUUGGACAUACCCAUUACACUACUGAUUUCAUGGAGAAGGGGGUAAGAGUCGUGAGCAAUCAACGAGGUUAUAUGCUGCCUUGGAGUGAUUCGAAAAAAGACAGCGGGUUUGAUGUGAGGAAGGUCAUACAACUAUGAUAAAG